AUGUCUUCUUUGCAAAAAAGUAUUAUGAAAAACAAGUUGCCACCGAGAAUGCCGCGAACAUCGGGUACAUCGAAAUUAGCCCCAUUUAGCGGAGGCCGAAAACGUAACUAUGCCCCGGUAUCGUGGAAAUGUUAUUUCGAUAAAUCUGUCGAUUUGGAAACUGAAGGCGGUAUAUUUCGUGUUUACCUAUCUCCAGAACCUGACCACCCCCAGAGACCAAGGAUUAUUACAUUGCAUGGCGGAGGUUAUUCUGGCCUCAGUUGGGCCCUGUUCACAGAGGAAAUAACAAGCAUGAUUCAUUGUCAAGUUGUUUCCAUGGAUGUAAGAGGGCACGGGGAAACACAAGCCAAGGAUUCAGAUGAUUUGAGUAUUGACACAUUGAUCAAAGAUGUCGAACAAGUAAUACACAAGUUAUAUGGUGAUGAUGAGCUACCACCACUCAUAUUGCUAGGCCAUUCUAUGGGUGGAGCUAUUGCAGUAAGAGCAUCACACCUUGCCUCUUUGGAGCCCUAUAUACAUGGUGUUGCUGUAAUUGAUGUGGUUGAGGGGACAGCAAUGGAUGCUUUAGCGAGCAUGCAGAGUUUCCUACGCGGCAGACCUACUCAUUUUAAAAGUAUAGAACACGCUAUUGAGUGGUGUGUACGAAGUGGCCAAGUGCGCAACGUGGAUUCGGCGAGGGUGUCCAUGCCAAGUCAGAUUGUUAACUGUACAACAAAUCAGUUGGCAAUAAACGAAGUGGAUACAUACGUAAGUGAUGCGGGCAACGAUGAAACUCCGACACCCUGCGCACGCGCUGACGUCAUAGUCGAAGAGGGGGAGGGCGAAGGGGACGGCGAUGGUUUUGAGAAACCCGCUCCAGUUAGCACAGGAGGAACUAUGAGGUAUCGUUGGCGAGUGGAUCUAUCUAAAACAGAGCAACACUGGUCCGGUUGGUUCUCUGGUCUUUCAAAUUCAUUUCUUUCGACACGCGCUCCUCGUCUUCUGUUGCUUGCGUCUGUGGAUGGACUGGACAGAGAACUCACAGUUGGACAAAUGCAAGGCAAAUUCCAAAUGCAAGUAUUAACACGAUGCGGCCAUGCUGUUCACGAAGAUUCGCCAGGUGAAGUGAGCCGCGUCCUUGCAGCUUUCCUCUUAAGGCAUCGUCUAACAGAGCCUACAGACGAUGGCGAGCAAAUGCACCUGGUGUCCGCUCCCGGGUGUUAG